CGUGUGCGGAGAAGGCACAGAGCUUGUUCUAUUCUGUUCAGUUUGCCACAACUGUUCAAACCGUAAAGAACCCGCCUGAGAUCUUCGCGUUAAAUAUCGUUUAUAUACACUGUAUAUAUAUAAAAACAUUAUAUUUAUAUACAACAUAAAAGAAAAAAAAAACAAAACAAAUACUAAGUGAAAUUAUUGAAACUCGUUAUAAUUGCGCGGGUGAUGACCCAUUUUAUUUGUUUAAUUUUCUCCUAUUAUAAAAAUCUUUAAUAUUAUCAAUGAAAAAAUGUUUUUUACCAACUAUUUUUAAUGAUUGAUUUAUGGGGAUAAUUACACUCAGAGGAAUCAAUCGUCAUCACUAUGACUAUAAUGAUUCUGAAACUACUGUUUAUCUGGAAUUGAAAUUUAUACUAAGUGUGAAAUAGAUUAACAAUAUUAGAAUCAUUUAAUAAAAUAGAGACAAAAAAAAAUAAUUAUUUUUUUUUUUAAUGGACAAAAUGGAUAACACCAUUCAAAAUGUCUCGAUAAACGAAAAAAUGGCCUUAGAUCAAAAGAUUUUGAUCAAACAGGCGACACUACAACAUCUCACAAAAAUGGCACCUGUUGACAUUGAAUUCACAGACCUCACUUAUUCCGUGCCGACUGGCAGAAAAGGUUCAAAAAUGAUAUUAAGAGGUGUCAGUGGACAAUUCAAAUCUGGGGAACUAACUGCGAUUUUGGGUCCAUCUGGAGCAGGAAAAUCGACUUUACUAAAUAUUUUAGCCGGAUACAAGUGUGAAGGAUCAAAUGGAUUAAUUUCCAUAAAUGGACAACCAAGAGAACUUCGGCAGUUCAAAAGAUCAUCAUGUUAUAUAAUGCAGGAAGAUUUACUUCAGCCUAGACUUACUGUCCUUGAAGCUAUGCGUUUUGCUGCAGACCUUAAACUCGGAAACAGGUUGACUCCAAGUGAAAAAUUAUCAGCAAUACAUGAGAUUACUGAAGUUCUUAGACUGAAGAAAGCCAUAAACACAAUAACAGAAAGAUUAUCUGGUGGUGAAAGGAGAAGACUUUCGAUUGCCCUCGAGUUAGUAAAUAACCCUCCCGUAAUUUUUCUCGACGAACCAACCACAGGCCUUGAUGAAUUAUCAUCAGUUCAAUGUAUAGAUUUAUUGCAAAGGGUGGCACAAGGUGGAAGAACUGUAAUUUGUUCAAUUCAUACACCAAGUGCAAAAAUUUUUGCAAAAUUUCAACAUGUUUAUGUAGUAGCGAAAGGUCAAUGUGUUUAUAGAGGACAUGCUGGAAAUGUUGUUCCAUUUUUACAGCACAUUGGCAUUGAAUGUCCGAGGCAUUAUAAUCCUGCCGAUUUUGUAAUUGAAGUUUCGUCAGGAGAAUAUGGCAAUGAACUAGUAGAAAGAAUGAUAAGUUAUGUAGAUACAAUUUCACCAAUUACGCCAAUUACAAGAAUUGAGUAUUUCCAAUCUGAACUUGAACAAGAAAUUACAAAAAUUUCAUGGUACGAUCAAUUUCGAAUACUCUUGAGUAGAAUGAUGUUGCAACUCUAUAGAAAUCGAAAUUAUUUGUACCUGAAGUUGUUCUUGCACAUUUUUCUGGGUAUAAUAAUUGGUAGCCUAUUUUUGGGAAUAGGCAACGACGGUUCAAAAACACUCUUCAAUUUUGGUUUUUGUUUUACGUGCCUGAUUGUCUUCCUCUACAUACCCAUGCUCCCGGUAUUAUUGCACUUUCCUUCGGAAGUUCAUCUUAUAAAAAGAGAACAUUUUAAUAGAUGGUACGAUCUCAGUCCAUAUUUUUGUGCUCAUACACUUUCCAGUAUACCAGCUCAGAUAAUCCUUGGUUUAAUUUAUUUAACAAUGGUUUACUUAAUAACGGGACAACCUCUCGAAACUUAUAGAUGUGUUAUGUUCUUCAGCAUUUGUUUAAUUUCUUCCUUGAUCUCAGAAACAAUGGGACUUGCAAUUGGCAGUACAUUAAAUAUUGUAAAUGGAAUAUUCUUGGGACCAGCUUUGUCAGUGCCUUUAAUGUUAUUUGCCGUCCAAGGAUUGGGAAGUGCCGAAAAAUUACCUAUUUAUCGAACAUUUGUUAUGUAUUUAAGUUACAUUCGUUAUGGACUCGAAGGACUUAUAACAGCCACUUAUGGUUAUAAUAGGGAAAAAUUACCCUGUCCAAAGGAUGAAAUGUAUUGUCACUAUCGUGUUCCUCGUGAGCUAUUACACAUUAUGGGUAUGGAGAACGUGGUAAUUUGGGUGGAUUUUGUCGCUCUAAUCGUGACCCUAAUUUUAUUUAAAGCACUCACGUAUUAUUUACUACGACAACGUUUGCAGCCAAACAAAACUUUUAGAGCACUUCAUUUGAUUGGCAGACUUGUUAAAAAUUACUUUAGUAUUGAAUGAAAUAACAAUAGUAAACAUUUUUUUUUCUCAAUUUAAAAGAAAAGAAUAAUAGUUAAAUUUUUACAAAAAUCUAUAAAAUAUUAUGAAAAACUAGAAAAAAAAAAAAAUUUAAGAAAAAAUGACUACACGUAUUAAAUACAAUUUUUUAUAAACUGUAUUUAAAAAAAAAUGUCGACAUAAAUAAUG